GAUGAGGGCGGGAGGGGGUAGGGAGGAAGGAGUACCAGACUGGGUCCGCGUGUGUCCUGGGGAUGCUUGCGGCUAGUUUCUAAACAAGUCAGGGAUGGCUUUCAGCACCCUCCUAUGCCACAGGAAGUUGUACGCCCCUUGCCACCCCCAGCCACCGAGCUCUCAACCCCCCACGCUGCACGGCCGCCGCGGGCGGCUACUGACAAACCAGCUAAGCCGUGGGACCUGUGGUCCCCACUCUCUGACCACUUACUGGGAGAGGUAGAUCUGGCUAGAGUUCCCAGAGCCCGGAGCCGGGGCGGAACGGGGUGGCGGCUCCCACGGUCCCAAGGCCAAUGCACCUGCCUCCUCCCGGUCCCCCGCCCCUACCUGAGGGCUCGAGAACAAAGGUGCUUUGAACAGGACGCAACCACCUCAUUACUUCUGGGCUGCCCAGAACGUAGGUGUGGGGAGGAGGGAGAAAGGCGCAAACCCUAAGGUGGCAUCAGGCGCGCCACCUAAGGCUUUACAGGGAAAGGCGGGUGUCCCAGGAAGCGCUUUGUCCCUUCCAGUCGCUCAAUCCCAGUCUGACAGAUGUGCAAAAAAAGGGGGGGGGAAUACGCUGAGGUGGCUGGACAGACCUCAUGGACCCUCGCCUGUGCCUCGCUUUCCCCAGUCUGGGGCAAAGGGAGAGCGUUCUUAUUUAAAAUCUUCCAAGCUUAUAAUAAGGUGUUCUACCCUGUACUAGUCCAGACACGAAAGAUAUGACCUCCCUAAAAGAAAAACUCCUGGAUAGUGGAAUAUGUCCUCCUCCCCCGCCCCCUUGCAGGGACGUCCGGCCUCAGUAGGAGCUCUGCUCAACUGGAGCGCGCUACGGCGCACAGAGAGUUAACAUGGAGUUGGCUCCGAGUGGAGGGGCGGUGACGCGCCUCCAUUGGUGGAAAGUUACUCGGGGGCGUAGCCUGUGAUCCUCCGCACCCCACCCCCUCCCAGCAACCGCCCCCCCCGCCUCUACUUUGUACCUUUCUGGCUCUGACCGAGAAGCGGGCCGGGACGGGCCGGACCAGAGCAGACUGGACCCUGGGGGCGAUGCGGCUGCUGCCCCUGCUGCGGACUGUCCUCUGGGCCGCGCUCCUCGGCUCCCCGCUGCGGGGGGGCUCUGGCCUCCGCCACGCCGUCUACUGGAACUCCAGUAACCCCAGGCUGCUCAGAGGAGAUGCUGUGGUGGAGCUGGGCCUCAACGAUUACCUAGAUAUCUUCUGCCCACACUAUGAAGGGCCAGGGCCCCCUGAGGGCCCAGAGACCUUUGCCCUGUACAUGGUGGACCGGCCUGGCUAUGAGGCCUGCCAGGCGGAGGGGGCAGGUGCCUUCAAGCGCUGGGAGUGCUCCCGCCCAUUCGCUCCCUUUGGUCCCGUUCGAUUCUCAGAGAAGAUUCAGCGCUUCACGCCCUUCUCCCUUGGCUUUGAGUUUCUGCCUGGAGAGACUUACUACUACAUCUCGGUGCCAACUCCGGAGAGUUCUGGCCGGUGCUUGAGGCUGCAGGUGUCUGUCUGCUGCAAAGAGAGCAAGUCUGAGUCAGCCCAUCCCGUUGGGAGCCCUGGAGAGAGUGGUACAUCAGGGUGGCAAGGAGGGGGUGCCCCCAGCCCCCUCUGUCUCUUGCUGCUGCUGCUGCUCCCGAUCCUGCGUCUCCUGCGAGUUCUCUGAGCCGAGUGGACCCUCCCUGUCACCCCCAGGAGCCAGAGCCCUCCCAGGACACCCUGGAGGAGGGGCCCCUGCCACCUGAGCUGGGAGUGCCAAGCCAGACAGACAAGAUGGAGCUGCGAUAGGGGAAAUCAGAGGGUCUGAAGUGACCCUUGCAGUAGCUCACCACCUCAUCACAAGCUAAAGAUUAGCCAGGGGAGCUGCAGACAGCCCUGAGCACCCUGGAGCAAACAAACAUAGGGUCCCUGUCAGCUGCUAUGCUGGUCUUUUCCCAUCCCCCAGGAAGACUGGGAUUUGGCAGGAUCGAAUCCUUGAGCUGGCUGGGGGCCGAAGACCUGGGGACAGGUGGAUUGCUGGACCAGGGCCAGGAAGAAGCCCAGGCCUGGUGUCUGUGUCCAAUGCCCAAUGGGCCUUUCCCUGGGGCAGCACCUUGCCCUCCCCAGUAGGUCACUCACUUGUCUUCUGUGAAGACGGAUUUUACUAUGAGGUUGAAUUUCAUGCCAAUUUGUAUUUUUAUAAGUGUCUGGACCAAACCCUCAAUAAAAUGCCCCUCUUAUUGCCCUCCCCA